CCCCAAAUCCGGUCCCCGCCGCGCCUGGACGGGGCCAAUUCGCCGGCUCAUGACGAUUGCCUUUGCCCUGCUGAUCCUGGGGGUCAUUUCUUGGGCCUAUGCUGUGGGGGUGCCUUUGGCUUCCGAUCGUUACGGCCUCUUAGCCUUUGGACUCUAUGGGGCCUUCCUCUCAGCCCACCUGGUGGCCCAGAGCCUCUUUGCCUACCUAGAACACCGGCGCGUUGCUGCCCGGGCUGCUCGGGAGAAGCCCAAGUGCUCUCGGCGGGUGGCAUUGACCAUCUCCGCCUACCAAGAGGACGCUGACUACCUGCGUCAGUGCCUGCUGUCAGCCCGGGCGCUGCAGUACCCGAGGGAGCGCCUCCGGGUGCUCCUGGUGGUGGAUGGCAACCGGGAGGAGGACAUGUACAUGGUGGAGAUGUUCCGGGAAGUUUUUGAAGCCGAGAGCCCCGCCACCUUCGUGUGGGAUGGGAAUUACCACCAGCCCUGGGCCCCCCACGUGUCGGGGGACGCUGGCCGGGCUGGGGACCUGGAAGCCUGUGGCUACGUGGAGGUGGAGGCCGAGGACCCAGGGCGGCUGACCGUGGAGGCCCUGGUGAGAAGCCACCGCUGUGUAUGCGUGGCUCAGCGCUGGGGGGGCAAGAGAGAGGUCAUGUACACAGCCUUCAAGGCCCUCGGGGACUCCGUGGACUAUGUGCAGGUGUGUGACUCGGACACGAGGCUGGAUCCCAGGGCCCUGCUCGAGCUGUCCCGAGUGCUGGAUGAGGACAUGACUGUUGGGGCUGUGGGCGGGGAUGUGCGGAUUCUCAAUCCUUUGGACUCCUGGGUCAGCUUCCUGAGUAGCCUCAGAUACUGGGUGGCCUUCAACGUGGAGCGAGCCUGCCAGAGCUACUUCCGAUGUGUUUCUUGCGUCAGCGGCCCUCUCGGUCUGUAUAGGAAUGACCUGUUGCAGCAGUUCCUGGAGGCCUGGUACAAUCAGAAGUUUCUGGGCACCCACUGCACUUUUGGAGAUGACCGCCAUCUUACCAACCGCAUGCUCAGUAUGGGCUAUGCCACCAAGUACACGUCUCUGUCCCGCUGUUACUCGGAGACGCCGGCGUCCUUCCUGCGCUGGCUCAGCCAGCAGACGCGCUGGUCCAAGUCCUAUUUCCGGGAGUGGCUGUACAACGCCCUGUGGUGGCACCGGCACCACGCGUGGAUGACUUACGAGGCCGUGGUGUCUGGUCUCUUCCCGUUCUUCGUGGCCGCCACCGUGCUGCGCCUCUUCUACGCAGGCUCGCCGUGGGCGCUGCUCUGGGUGCUGCUCUGCGUGCAGGGCGUGGCGGCGGCCAAGGCAGCCUUUGCGGCGUGGCUGCGGGGCUCCGGCCGCAUGGUGCUGCUCUCGCUCUACGCGCCCCUCUACAUGUGUGGCCUGCUGCCUGCCAAGUUCCUGGCGCUGCUCACCAUGAACCAGAGUGGCUGGGGCACCUCUGGCCGCCGCCGCCUGGCCGCCAACUAUGCCCCUGCGCUGCCGCUGGCGCUAUGGGCCGCUCUGCUGCUCGGGGGUCUGCUGCGCAGCGUGAUCCAGGAGGCGCAGGCCGACUGGACCGGGGAGGCACGCAGGACCGAAGCACGGUAUCUGGCCAUCGGGGCAGUCGCCUACUUGGCCUACUGGGCGCUCAUGCUGGCUUUCUACUGGGUGGGAGUGCGCAGGCUCUGCAGGCCCAGGGCUGGGGGCUACCGGGUGUCGGUGUGACCAUCUGUUCGAGGUGGCUGGGAGAUCGGAACUCUGGAGGAGCUCUGCUGUGCCCCAGCACGGCUUUUCGGGGGAUGUUGGACAAGCCUCUUGACCUCAACAGGACUUCGGUUUUAUCUUCUGUAAAGAGGGUACUUUGGACCAGAGCAUCCUGAAGGCUCCUUUCAGGUCUCCCUCCGUGAUCCUGACCCCGCCAGCUUCAAGCUACUGCUUGGGUGACCUUGGAUCAAUCAUUUCCAGUCUCCGAGCCUCUGAUUCCUCAUCUGAGGGAGAUCAGACUCAGUUUCCCAGGAGGGGCUCAGAGGAGAUGAUCUCCAAAGGCCUUUCCAACCCCAAGACUUAUGAUCCUUUGAAUCUCCUUUUAUCCAGCAGGCAGCUGGGUUCUGGGACUCCGGCCUCAGUCUCCACCCCCCCCCCCCCUGACUAUCUGUGUGGCUUUGGGAAGGUCUCUUGCCCUCUCGGGCCUCAGCUUUCCCCCGACUUUGGUUAGGGGGAGUACAGCUCAGGGAUGGGUGCUCAGUCCUCCCUCCUCUGUGAUUUCAGAUAUUAGAUGUAAAAUAGAGGGUAAGGGGGGGAUGUCGGAUUGGACACUCCGGGUUCUUGCCAGCUGGGAUGUGUAUUUACGUUCUCUCUGUAGAGCUCUGGCCCCCUGCCAUGUGUCCGAGAUUGCAAAGGCAGCUCCCAGGGUACCCCUCUGAGCUCUUCUGUUCUCUCUCUGUCCAGGAGAAUUGCAUCCUCGCCAGCCUUGCGGCUGGCCACCUCCUGCAGCCCCCCAUCACCAAGGGCCUGGCAGUUUGAUCAGGCCGGGCCGUGCUGGGCCGAGGAUGCUUGUGACCCAAGGGGAAGGGGUAUUUAUUGGGCAGAAGGGGUGUCCUCUGUCCGAAGGGGGUGAAGAGGCCUCCGGAGCCUCUGACUCUGAUGUUAUUUAAUUCCCAUUUACCCAAAGAACCAUAAAGACUUUUAUUUAUUUUC